AUGAAAUUCAACUACGUUAUUUUACUUCUUAUUAUUGUUAUUUUAAAUGUUUCCUUGACAUUUGCUUCGCCUGCUUCGCCCGCUUCGCCUGAUUCUCAUGAUAUUUUAGCAAGUUAUGGAAAAAAUAGUGAUCACAUUUUUUGGUGGAAAUAG